AUUGGAGCCAUGCGAGCCAUGCGACAUUGCACUUUCUCGAGGACCUUCCUUUGCGCCCUGGUGCCAGUGGCUGCUCCCUGGGCGACAGGUGGCGGCAGCUCGGGCAGUGGCCAUGCGCGCUGCGACGCAGGACCCCGUCCCCAUGUUGGAACAGCAAGGACCUUCCUUUGCGCCUUGCCGCCCUUGGCAACAGGGGGCCUGCUAGCGCGCUGCGAUGCAGGCCCUGCGCUUAACAGCCGCCCCGUGGGACGCUGGCGUUUGGAUUCUUCCAGCAGCGAGUCCAUGAGACCUUAUUUGAUGGGUUUGGGCAUGCCUGGUUUCGUCGCUGGGAUCAUCGACCGCAUCCCAGUGGAACUUCUCAUCAGUGUGGAUGAAGGGGUGCUCACUGUGAAAGAUAAG